CGGCCCGCCCCUUUCCCCGCAAGUAAACAGAACACGGAGCGGUGUCGGCGCGCGGACCUGUGAUAUAUGCGUGGAGGGGAGGGGGGGUCCACGCCGAGGAAUGAUCGGAGGGGUUCGUGUGGCGUCCCCCCGCGUGUUUUUCCUGAACUUUGCGGGAUUUUUGGGGUCGUGCCAGCGGACUGGAGCUGGAGCGAUGAAGGGAGAGGCGGAAGUGAAGUCACUUGACAGACCGUCCAUGUUAUUAUUGUUAUUUUGGUAGCCCUGUGUGAUGAGACGGGCUGGGGAGCCGCCGCUCUCCGAGACAGCGUUGACGUUACCGCAGGCCGGCCCCGGACCGACACCACCCUCAGCGCCCGCACCGCCGCCGCCGCCGCCGCCGCCGCCGCCGCCGCCGCCGCCUCACUGACCCGGGGACAGGAGCCUCGCUGGCGGCCGGGGGUGGAGGAGAGGGGAGGAGGGUCUGAAGACCCAGCUCCAGCCCUGGCUCCCUAAAAAAAAAGAAAGAAAGAAAGAAAAGAAAAGAAAACAAAGAAAGAAAGAGAGAAACACUCGACCAAAAAAAUUAAAACGGGGACAGAAACAGUAACGGCGUUUCGACGGGUGUCUGCGCGGCGCGUGUAGCAGCGGACGAGCCGCCGCAGACAUGAACGGUAUCACCAAGGGCCGGUUCGAGGUGUUCUCAAACAGCGAUGAAGCCCCCAUCAACAAGAAGCUCCCCAAAGAGCUUCUUCUUAGAAUAUUUUCCUAUCUCGAUGUGGUUACACUCUGUAGAUGUGCCCAGGUAUCCAAGGCGUGGAACGUCCUGGCCCUUGAUGGCAGCAAUUGGCAGAAGAUCGACCUGUUCAACUUCCAGACAGACAUAGAGGGUCGGGUGGUGGAGAACAUUUCGAAGCGUUGCGGAGGCUUCCUGAGGCAGCUCAGCCUCAGGGGCUGCCUGAGUGUUGGAGAUGCCUCCAUGAAGACGUUCGCUCAGAACUGCAGAAACAUCGAGGUGUUGAACCUGAACGGCUGCACUAAGAUCACAGACAGCACCUGCCUCAGUCUCAGCAAGUUUUGCUCCAAACUCAAACAUCUCGAUCUCACUUCCUGCGUGUCCGUCAGCAACCACUCCCUCAAGGCCCUCAGUGACGGCUGCAGGAUGCUGGAGAUGUUGAACCUGUCGUGGUGUGAUCAGAUCACACGUGACGGCAUCGAGGCCCUGGCCAGAGGGUGCGCUGGUUUACGAGCGUUGUUCCUCAGAGGUUGCACACAGCUGGAUGAUGGAGCUUUGAAACACCUUCAGAAAAACUGCCCAGAACUCACCACCAUCAACAUGCAGUCCUGCACACAAAUAACAGAUGAAGGUCUGGUCAGCCUGUGCCGAGGAUGCCACAAGCUGCAGAUCCUGUGUGUGUCUGGCUGCAGCAACAUCACUGAUGCCUCUCUCACUGCACUGGGACUUAACUGUCCCCGACUCAAGAUUCUUGAAGCUGCACGAUGCUCCCAUGUUACGGACGCUGGGUUCACUGUGCUGGCCAGAAACUGUCACGAGCUUGAAAAAAUGGACUUAGAAGAAUGUAUUUUGGUGACAGAUAACACCCUGGUUCAGCUGUCAAUCCACUGCCCUCGCCUGCAAGCACUGUCCCUGUCCCACUGUGAGCUGAUCACCGAUGAUGGCAUCAGAGCACUGAGCAGCAGUACCUGUGGCCAAGAGCGCCUCACGGUGGUGGAGCUGGACAACUGCCCCCUCAUCACUGACGUUACCCUGGAGCACCUGAAAAGCUGCCAUCGGCUGGAGCGCAUCGAGCUCUACGACUGUCAGCAAGUCACCAGGGCCGGCAUCAAGCGCAUCAGGGCCCACCUUCCAGAGAUCAAGGUCCAUGCCUACUUUGCCCCAGUGACGCCCCCUCCGUCUGUACAUGGAGGUGGCCAGCGUCUGUGCCGCUGCUGCAUCAUCCUCUGACAGUGGAGGGCCAGGGGGGGCCACCUCUGUCUACAGGUCCUGCUGCUCUGACGUGGGCUGACGUCGGGUUUUGGGGUGGGGGUGGCGGGGUGGGGGUGGGGGAGGGGCCGGGGUAGGCGUCGGGGGAGAGGAGGGGCUGGACCCACUCACUGCUCCUGAUCACUGAUCAAAGGCUGAUCCCUGAUCAGUCGAACCCGCCCCUUCUCUCUCCUCUGGCUCACCAGUCAGCGCUUUAGCAGCCUGGAGGGGCUGAGAUGAAGAAAAACGAAUGGAUGGAUGGACUUUCUCUCUUUUUUCUCUCUCUCUCUCUCUUAUCUCAUUCUCUCUUUCACGCUGUAAAGACACAAACAGGUUGUCCACUCCAUUCGUCUCCCCACAAAACCCCGACUUCCCCGCCUGUGGGUCUGAAAGGACUGCACCUGGACAGCUGCAGCCGGGGAGUCCGAACGGUGGAACUGAGUCGCAUUAAGUUCAAACUAAAGAAAAAACAAAAAAGAAAAGAAAAGAUGACAUUGUCAUCUGAGGACAGCCGCUCACUCUAACUGGAGCAUCAUCUCAACCAAUCAUGUGACAGCUCUGUGUGACCAUUCUGUGAUUCAUUCUGCUUUGACCAACAAACACAGAGCGCCGAGGCGGAGGAGAGCCGGGCUGCGGGGGAUCCUCAAGAUAUAAACAGUGAAGCUUUGGCAAGGCCGGCUCAGCUCUGUGACGUGGACGAGUCCAGGAUGAGACGGAACCUACGGACUGGGACAUGUGACAUAUUUGUGCAUCUAAGAAACUUCUGUUGAGAUUUCGAUUCUGUUUGUACAAAGAAUGUUUUGCAACAGAAAAAAAAAAAGAAAAAAAGAAUUACACUUACAACAACUCACUAUAAAAAAAACAAAAAAUUGGGACGGCUGACAAAAAAAAGUUUGGUUUUAUUUUCUCUCCUUUUUUUUCAGUGCUUAUUGUAAUUGUCUAUGCCUGUCUGUUCACAGAGGGAGAUAUGCUUGUCUUUCUUUUUGAACCGUAAAAGAAAUACUGUUGCUGUUUGACAAAAAAAAAAAAAAAAAAAAGGACCUAUGAUUCAGACCCUUGGUGUCUAAAUGCACUAUGUUGACACUGUAUGCUGCUGGGAUGAGAGGCCUCUCCUGUGUACCGCGUGGUGACGUUGGCUCGUAGGCCCUGAUCCAAUCCUGUCAGUAGCCCUGCGCACUAGCUCCUAUAUGGCCACUCAAGCAUUUGUUUACAGCAUGGACUAGGUUAGCACCACAGACUAACUUGUUUACAUCAGUAGAUUUCCAGUCCCGCACUGUUCAGGGUUAGCUGUUCAACGUACUCUGAAUAAUUAGUAUGACUGACGAAUGGUGUUGCAGGUGGCCACUGUUCAGAUUAUUUGCUGUGUGUAUCUGGAUAUCAAUCAGGGCUAAUGUUGGUGUUACUUUGCUUUAAAAGUGAAAUAGAAAUUUGCGAAAAGCCUAAAAAAAAACAAAAACAAAAAAAAACUGCAUAAAAGACUGUGAGCGAUGGCACUUCAACUCUUUGACAAUCACAUAAAUGUGUGUAUUUGAAAGUUAAUUUUAUAUAGUUUGGUGUAAUUGUCAACUUACUGAUGAUCCUCAGUGUACUCCAAUACAUUUAGGUCCCAAAGCAGCACAUGAGGAAUUGAAAUUAGCUUCGGACACAUGUCUGCUGACAUCUAAUGUUGUUAAAUAGCCCUAAACUCUCGUUGAAUCUGGCAAAACACACGUGACAUCAGGGAAGUGGUUUAGCAGCGACUGAGAAGGUCCAGAACAAACAGUUUAUCACACUCUAUACAGACACUCCUGGUCAGCAGGAAAUCAACAGUAUCUGCGUCUCCAUGCAGGGUUCUGCAAGCAGGAGACAUAAAAAAAAAAAAAAAAUCACCUAAUGCACUGAAAAUCCAACAGAGAAAAAAGCAGCUUGCGAUGUUGUGCUAUAGUUGAGACUGGCAAGUGCUUAAAAAGUGGGGAGACUGGCAGGAGAAUGGAUAGGACUGAAACAAAA